AUGCCAGGGAUUAAUGAUGCGGAUACUAUCCGCAUUCUCAUCUCGACUGAUAAUCAUGUCGGUUACAAUGAGAGAGAUCCUAUCCGGGGUGAUGACAGCUGGAAGACCUUUCACGAAAUUAUGUGUCUUGCUAAGGAACGCGAUGUGGACAUGGUGUUGUUGGCGGGAGACUUAUUCCACGAGAACAAGCCAUCAAGAAAGUCCAUGUACCAAGUGAUGCGAUCAAUCCGAAUGAACUGCUUUGGAGAUAAACCCUGUGAGCUGGAGUUGCUCAGUGAUGCAAGUGAGAAUUUCGAAGGCGCCUUCAAUCAUGUCAAUUACGAAGACUUGGAUAUGAACAUCGCCAUUCCUAUUUUCUCCAUCCACGGCAACCAUGAUGAUCCAUCGGGUGAGGGUCAUCUCGCAGCUCUUGAUCUUUUGCAGGUUUCUGGUCUCCUCAACUACUACGGAAGGACACCAGAGGCGGAUAACAUCGAGAUCAAGCCAGUUCUCCUUCAGAAGGGACGAACUAAGCUGGCUUUGUACGGAAUGAGUAAUGUUCGUGAUGAGCGCUUGCACCGCACUUUCCGUGAUGGCAAAGUGAAAUUUUUCCAACCAUCUGUCCAAAAGGGCGACUGGUUCAAUCUGAUGUCCGUACAUCAAAACCACCACAAAUACACUGAGACUGGUUACUUACCAGAAACAUUCCUGCCUGGGUUCAUGGACUUCAUCCUCUGGGGCCACGAGCACGAAUGUCUGAUCAAUCCCCGACUUAAUCCAGAUAUGAAUUUUCAUGUUAUGCAGCCGGGAUCUUCUGUUGCUACAUCCCUGGCAAUCGGGGAGGCAGUAACAAAACAAGUCUCCAUCAUGAGUAUCACUGGUCGGGAAUUCAAAUGUGAGCCAAUUCCGUUGAAAACCGUGCGGCCAUUUGUGAUGCGAGAGAUUGUGUUGUCCGAAGAAAAGGGGGCCCAAAAGUUGGCCCGCAAAGAGAACAAUCGAACCGAGGUGACUCGGCUUCUCAUGGAGAUCGUUGAAGAAUUGAUAGAAGAAGCCAAGGAAGCCUGGCUAGAAGUGAAUGGCGAAACUGACGAAGACGGCGAGGUUAAAGAGAUGCCCCUUCCGCUCGUCCGACUCCGUGUCGAGAUCUCUACGCCGGAGGGCGGGAGCUACGAGUGUGAGAAUCCGCAGAGGUUUUCUAAUCGAUUUGUGGGAAAGGUUGCCAAUGUUAAUGACGUGGUGCAGUUCCACCGCAAGAAGAAGGGUGCCUCUACGCGAAAGGCCGGUGCGACUGAUGAAGCAACUGUGUCGCACCUAACCGGUCUGGAUACCGUCAAGGUGGAUCAACUUGUCAAAGAAUUCCUCGCAUCACAGUCACUAAGUAUCCUCCCACAAAAUACAUUUGGCGAUGCCGUUGCUCAAUUUAUUGACAAGGAUGACAAGCACGCCAUGGAAAUGUUUGUGAAUGAGUCCUUGGAGAACCAAGUCAAACAUCUAAUGGCUUUGGACCAGGAUGACGAUGAGAUGGAUGAUGAAGAAGGGGUCCAGAGCUCUUUGGUUACAGCCAUGGAAAAGUACCGCACUCAGAUGGAAGACCUUUUCUCCAAAGGCGUGAAAAAACGCACCAACCGUGGUAAAAAGCGGUUCAAGCCCAAGCCGGAUGGCUGGGACAGCGAGUUUGACGGCUCAUGGGAGGAUCAGCCUGGCGCUCUUAUUCAUUCGGAUCAUGAAGUGGAUCCAGUCGAAGAGGAAGCGGGCGAGGAUGGUCCCGCCUCAGCUCGCAGUCGUGCUGCAGCAAACUCAACCCGUGGCAAGGGAAGGGGUCGUGGCCGAGGUGCAACCACCAGUACACGAGGCGCCGCCAAAGCUGCUGCCCCAUCCAGAGCGCGUAAAGCACAGGCCAUCUCUGACGAGGAAUCGGCCGACGAUGUUAUCAUGUUAGAUGACGACGAGGAGCCAGCCCAUGUUAUUUCAGAUGAUGAUGACUCGCAAGCUUUGUUUGUCAAGCAGCCUCGCGUAACGACUACAAGAGGGCGGGCACGUGGAGCGAGAGCCCCUGCUCGUGGCCGUGGUGGACGUAUAGCAGCCUCGCCGGCUCCAUCUUCCGCUACUGUUGGUGCCUCUGCUUCCCGUCGAGCAGCUGCUAAAUCCUCCAAGCCAACACAACAGACCCAAACCACCCUCGAUUUUGUUGGCUCGCAGGCCAGUCUACCCCGGUCUGCUCGGUCCACGCGCACAACGCGCAAGCUGAGUAUCAGUGAGGACGAUGACUCGGACUCUGCCUUUGAGCCGGCGUGA